AUGCAUGAUGCAAAUCAACACGAACAAGCUGGUUUAGAAGAGAUGUUUGGAAGCGCAGAGACACUCAUUGAUUCUUUUACUGACAGAAAAACACCAAAUAAGUCUUCGCUAGACAUCCUCAGUAAAAAUAUUGACAUUCAUAUUGGAGUAUCUGAGUUGGGACGUCUUAAAAGUCGGAUUAAGUGUCUUAUGUUAGGAGGAAAAGAUGAUUGGCUUACAGCUCUGCAGUUGUUGAAACUGUUUGUUAGAAUAUCCACGUUCCGGCAUUCACUUUUAUUUAGAUAUCAGACUUGUUUGAAAACAAACAAACGCUUUCGAGAUACCAUAUCUGCUUUACAGACGUAUAUUGAAAAGGAAAGAAGAGAUAAUAUAUCAUUUCUUUCCAGUAUUUUUUCAGUGCCGACACUCAAAGAUGUAGGAAUUCUAACAAUUUUUGAUCCAUUUGAGGAAAAAGAGCUAAAUGCGUAUUUAGAGGAAUUGAACCUGAAGAUGAUAAACUUACAAAGCAUAAUUCAUAAUGGAGUUAUGAAUGACAAUGGUUAUUGCAAAUACGCCAGAAGGUCUUCUUCUAUACCAGAAAAUGCUCAGUGGCGGGUAAUUCUCGUCGAUGAGACUGAUGGAACCUUAAAUACCUCCUCGUAUUUCAUACUUUGUAACAAAAAAUGGCCAGAAAAACCAUUAUACGUGGAAAAGUCAAUCUUAAAACGUGCAAAGGGAUUAGACACGGAUUCAAAAGAACCAAAAGAAGUUUGCUUGUUUACGCUGACUAAGCCAAACCAAUCGGGCCCAAUUUCUGUACCUUUGCAACAUCCAGGAAAUCUGAAGGAAGAACCUACUUCUACAAAGGAUCGACGAUGGUCGUUUAGAAAAACAAGAAAAUUCAGGAAACGAAGUUUUACAGCAUUUUCAUUCAAAGAGAACAACUAG